AUGAGCGGCCAUGGCGAUCCUCGACUGCUCUACACUAUUGGUGGCAUCAAGGCCUACCAUAUCCAGCAAGGUGAAGAGACGUCUCUCACUCCCUCGGGGCCACAGACGCUGUCUCUGUUGAUGGUCCCUACAAACUCGCCCUUUGCAGACCUCAGCAACACGCGCGGCCAAAACGAAGCACCGGAAGAAGACUUCUACCUACACCUCAACCUUCCUCCCGAGCUCGACCUACCCCUCCCUGCAACUACGCAAAUCUAUCACCAGCCGCCGCGAAGCUACCUAAUACCACGAUGGGACUUGGGCCCAGAGAGCGGCGCUUUCACCCGAAUUGAGUUCCCACCAAUCGGAAACAGCUCUACCUCUGUCAGCCAGGAAGACAUUGAUACCUUUGAGACCAUUCUGGCUCAAUGCACCGCCUUCCUUGAGCGUGCGCAGGCGCCACAGCACGAAAAGGGCAAGGGCGGCGUCAAGGCAUACAACCCCCAGGAUUUCGCUCCUGGGGAGGCCUACGUAGGCUCUAGCAAGCCCACGGGCGAGGUUGUACUUGUCGACGAAGAGAACGGCAGUGUAGUGGGAGAGCUUGCUGGGGGUGCUCAGAUUGUCGAGGACCCGAAGCUGAAACAGGGUUCAAAGAGCAAAGAUCCUGUUGAGAUCGUUGUCUCUGCCGACGGAAAGCGCAUCGACAUUAGACCUCUAGAAGAUGACUAUCUCGAGAUGGCUCGCCACCCCGCGUACAAGGACUCUGGUCUCGUUCAAAACGCAGCAGCAGCCUCUCGACUCAUCGUCACAGGCUCCAGCUACCUUAGUAAUAUGAUGGUCUCUGGCGCGGAGAACUUCAUGAACAAGACCAGACCCAACGAGAAACCUAUGACGUUCCAAACCACAACCCAUAACCGCGUCCGCAAAAUCAAUUCCCUUACAACUGGCGUCGCUGGUGUUUCGGCAAAGACCGUAGGACAACUCACCAAGUAUGCGCAAAAUGCAGCGGCGGGUUUGGCAGGACAUAAGAAGACGCACGGCAGGGGCAUGAAUCCUGAUGGCACGCCAAACCAGCAGUAUAAGCCUGGUCUACUGAACAAGUCGUUGAUAGCAUUUUCGACUGUCGCAGAUGGCAUCUCGCACUCGGGCAGAACCAUACUCACACACGGCGGCGCGGCAGCUAGUGCAGCAGUCGGCCACAAGUAUGGCGCUGAAGCAGGCAGCAUCACCAGCAACCUCGCCGGCGGUGUCAAGAAUGUUGGUCUCGUCUACAUCGAUGUGACUGGAGUUAGCAGACGUGCCAUCAUCAAGUCUGUCGCCAAGGGCAUGGUUGUUGGUAAGGUGAAGGAUAAGAAGGGCAACGAGCAGACGGUCCUUGUAGGAGGUGGUGAUGGCGGUACUAUCACGCCUAGUGACCUGAACCCGCAGUUUGGAACGAGCAACACCGGUGUUCCGCCAAAUGUUUCCUCCCCGGGACCCGCAGCCCAAAUCUCAUUUGGUGGCCCACCUCCAACCUACCGCACUGGUGUUGGAGAGUCGCUUGAGGGGCAGCCAGCAUACUACCCUUCUGAGAAGAGAUGA